UCCAUACUGUCGUACUAAAUAGUAUGUCACUGCGGUUAGGGGCUGCACUAUUGUGACUUUACUAUUUAGUAGGUUAGUAUGCAUCCAGCCAGCAGCCUGUCUGUUCUCUGAGUGGUGGCGCAGACGGCAAAGCGGGAUUGACCAGGCGAGGAGGAUUAUCACACCGGACUAAAGUAAAAGUGCUGGAUAAAGUACAGUAAAGGGUCACGGGGAGCACGGAGACUAUCCCAGGGAUCUCGGGGCACAAGGUGGGGGACACCCUGGACGAGGUGCCAACGUAUCGCAGGGCACAAUCGCACGCUACGGACAGUUUGGAGAUGACGAUCAGCCGACAUCACGUGCCUUUGUACUGGGGAGGAAACCGGAGUAAACCCCUGAAGCACGGGGAGAAUGUGUUAACUCCACGCGCGCAGGGCGGAGGCGGGAUUCAAACCCCCGACCCCGGAGGUGUGAGGCAAACUGCUAACCACUAAACCACCCUGCCCUCCUCAUUCAUGUCCAACUUCUAGUUUUAACCAGAAUAUUUUUUAUGUUUUGGAUUGUUGUGUUGUUACAGGAUACUCUAUACUUUUCAUUUCCUGCUUAGUGUGUCACCGGUGAAUUAGAAUUUAGAAUUAGAAUUAGAAAUUAGAAUUAGAAGUCUUUUAAAAUUGUUACACUGAACCUCCUGACCCCCUGCCGUUAACUUAUUGUGGCUCUGUGUAAGAAUGACAAGAAUAAGCUUUCACUUACGUUACACACCCUGGGCCAAGGUGUGUGUGUGUGUGUGUGUGUGUGUGUGUGUGUGUGUGUGUGUGUGAUAACUAAAUACAUCUGACAGCUUGGGGAAUUCCACUUAAACAGCACCACCCUCCCCCUGUAACACACCGCUUUUGCUUCUUAUCACAAUUUAAAGAAGGGAUUUUUCUACGAAUGAGUCCUCCAAUUACUUGUAGUGAAACCAAAACAGUCAUCAGAGCUAAUGAGGUUGUAGUGAGAUUUGUUGUGGUUACCGAAAGCCAUCCUGACUGUGGGAAAGUUGCAGUGUGAAUGUCGUGAAUUACACCAAAGCGGGCGUUUAACCGGGGUUCCACGACGUAUCUAUUGUUUCUUCAGUAACCGCUUACACGAGGACAAAGUUUUCUGUAUGGAGAUGUUUCUUAAACAAUCGUGGAAGGAGUCGUCAGUGUCGGCGCUUCGUAACCGCUGAAUAUUCCACAGGCACACAGGAAAGUGCUCGGGGCUUUGCGGUUUCUCUUUUUCUGGUCACGAGCUUCAGGAUCUUGAAAGUUCCGUGUGCUUCCGUGUAUGCGCACUCCCAUGUACCGGUUUUUAGCUAGCUGGAAAAUACUUUUGAAAAUCCAGGUGACCAUGUUAUAAAGCAGAGCCCCGCCAUCAGCUGAGGAAACCACCAGUCGUCGUCGUCGUCAUCAUCAUCAUCCGUCCCUCCAUCCCUUUCCCCUCCUGAGGCCCCCUGUCUACUCUUCCCUUCCCUUCCUCGCCCAUCCCUCACCAUGUCCAUCGCCCUCAAGCAAGUCUUCAACAAGGACAAGACGUUCCGGCCCAAGCGUAAGUUCGAGCCGGGUACGCAGCGCUUCGAGUUGCACAAGCGGGCUCAGGCGUCGCUCAGCUCGGGCGUGGACCUGCGGGCGGCCGUGCAGCUGCCCCCCGGUGAGGACCCCAACGACUGGGUGGCCGUCCACGUGGUGGACUUCUUCAACCGCAUCAACCUGAUCUAUGGCACCGUGUGCGAGUUCUGCACAGAGAAGAGCUGCCCGGUGAUGUCGGGCGGCCCGCGGUUCGAGUAUCGCUGGCAGGAUGAGCACAAGUACAAGAAGCCCACGGCGUUGCCGGCGCCGCAGUACAUGAACCUGCUGAUGGACUGGAUCGAGGUGCAGAUCAACAACGAGGACAUCUUUCCCACCAGCGUAGGAAUCCCGUUCCCAAAGAACUUCAUUCAGAUCUGUAAGAAAAUCUUGUGCCGGCUCUUCCGGGUCUUCGUGCACGUCUACAUCCACCACUUCGACCGCAUCAUCCUGAUGGGAGCCGAGGCCCACGUCAACACCUGCUACAAGCACUUUUACUACUUCUGCACCGAGCUCAACCUCAUAGACCGCAAGGAGCUGGAGCCACUGAAAGAAAUGACGUCACGGAUGUGUCUUUAGAGGCCCCGUAACAGACCCUGUGGACCCGAAAACUCUCAGUUUGUCUCAACCGGAGGACGUCACAGACGAUCAGAUGAACUCGGACAGUGUGAUGCCGAUGAAGUCUGACGUAAUGAGAGAGAGGGGACGCAGAACAAAGCACCGAAGCACACUCGCAUUCGCUCAGAGCAAACACCACCACACGGUGGUGUGAAGUAGCGCACACACACCUCCAGGUGGCGAUCUAAUGCAGUAAUAGGAUUAUGCACUAUUUAAGAACUAUAACUAUGCAGCGUGACUGGAGGUAGAUCUAUUUUGGAUGAGAAUAAUAUUGUAAAGCUACUCACUGUCUAAUGACUGCAGGGGAUUAGUGAAUUUAACCAUUGGUGAACACUAAUGGUGUGUGUGUGUGUGUGUGUGUGUGUGUGUGUGUGAGGGUGUGUGUUACCAUAGUGAUUUAUGGUGUGUUCAGACUUCCAAAAGCUAUGGUUUGCUUCCUUCACUUGCGGUUCAAAUGCUUGAUGGGAUGAUUUUAAUGAUUUGUAAUAAUUUAGACUUUAGAGAUAAAUGUAAUGAUACAGGAGAUCUCUCUCUCUCACACACACACACGCACACAGUUUGCAUCCACAUUAGACUAUUACUAGGUUUUAAAAUCAUGCUUCUACACUUUUAUUUAUUUUAUUUUUUUUGAGAAAUACAGGGUUUUAAACUAUGCAGGACUUGUGAGUUAUUGGAAGGUGUGUGUGUGUGUGUGUGUGUGUGUGGGUGGUGGGGGCAGGCAGGGCGGUUCAGACCACUUUACAUUCCUCUAGUGUAGUGGUGACCACUAAUCAGCGUAAAGCAGACAAUUAAUUCUAAUUAAAUUUUAAUUUUUAAAAAAAAUUUUAAUGAUUGACUUUUUUUUAUUUCCUCAAAGGAGCUACACAGAGCCUCAGCUCGGACCCCUCAACUUAACCCAUAAAGAGAAAUUUUUAUUUAUUUAUUUAUUUUUUAUUUUUUUGGAUUUGUUCCCUAACAGCCGUUCUUGAUUUGCAAGGUUACGCCUUAAGAUUUGAAUUAUUAAUGAAAUUAUUCAGCAACACUCCACACAACAUCAAGUUAUAAAUAAAUAAAUAAAUAAAUAAAUAAAUAAAUAAGUGUCAUAUUUGUAGUUACAAAAAAUCAAGCCUUAGCAAUAAGGGAUUGAGUGCAGAAGUUUGCACACCCCUACAUCCAAAUCAAGAAACCCCAGAAGAUUUUACCGGAUUGUUCAGGAUGUUCUGUUAUUAAUACAGACACAAAUUCAAUGUUUGUUUGUUUUUCCCCCCUUACUUUUUAGUUUUGUUUUGUUUUUUUGUCGCAGUGUGUUGCUAACAGUGAACUGAGUUUUAUGUGAAAGUUGCUACGGUGUUUAAAUUUGUUCGAAAGUGAGAGAAGGGCUCAGCUAAGCAUGUAGGACAGAAUCUGCGAGAGGGGUGAUUAAAAAUUUGCACGAAUGAGAAAAGUGUAGAUGCUGGAGAGCGAGGGGAAGGAAACGUGUGGCUCCGUGCUCGCUGAAGAGAAGUGCUCUGUUGAUAUUUUCAGAGCAGUGUGAUUUGCUUGCGAUGUACACUAGACUUGCGUCCAAUAGUAUGAGUAAAUGAGCACGGUAUUGGGACGAUACCUGAUGGCAGCAUGAGUAUCGAUGCAUCCCUAACAUAACCGUAUGUGAAAGUUAAUACUGAAGCAAACGAAAUGAGAUUUCUGGAUGUGAUCUGUGAUAAAUGUUGUUGUUGUUGUUGUUGUUGUUGUUAUACAAGUCACUUUUAAGAAUUUUUUUUCAAUUCCCCUUCUGUUUGUGAAUCACAGGUUUUUUUUUGUUUUUUUUUUGUUUUUUUUUCCCAGUUAUCUUUGAUUUACGCAUCAGUGUCUGUAUUUCCUCCAUGUCCGAUCGGUUUACAUUGUCGGUAACGGUGUUCCUAAACACCUCUUCUCACACGAUUUGUGGGCGAUAUUUUCAAUAUCCUUUAAAUUCCUAUCGAAUCUUGACUGUUUAAGAGUUUGAGCGCGUUCGAACUCUUCCUGCCUUAUCGGUCAGACUUGACGAAGUGAAGAGAUUGUGUUUUAGGUCAUUAACCAGGUACAUUUGAAUACAUACGUUUAUUAUUAUCGAUAACUGUGUUUUAAUGACAUUAAAUGAACAUGGAAUUAAAAUGCAGAUCCUUUGGGAGUUUUAGUAAAAGAAACUCCGAAACUGAGCGUGUGGAAACAUUUGCACUCGACUGUAGCUAGCUAGCUAGCUAGAUUCGGACUGUUUUUAGGAUUUGUCCUGCUGCAGCUGAUCCACUUGUAUCUACUCAGUGGUUGAGUUUGAGUGACCUGGAUGGUAGGUUUGUCUAAUUAAAUGCCCAGUGUAGAUUUUAGCAUGGGUCCUUAACCAGCUAAACAUUCAUAGUCUGUAUUAACGUACUUGACUAGCUAACUAGCUUGCCAUAAGUUAUUAAAUUACACUAGGUUUUCGGUUUCCGAGCAGCCAAAACAUAAAACUGGGCAGCACAUUGAAUCUUCCACUUGCCCUAGCUAAUACAUAUUUUUUAUUAUGCAAGUUGUGCUGAAGAAUAUUUCCACAGCAAACAACAGUUCUACUGUUUUAUCCUCCAAAACUUGCCUCCUAGCAGUCGGGCUAACUCCUCCGUGGCGUCACAUGGACCGAAAUAACCAGCCAGCGUUUCUAGCUUGCGGUUUCAUGUCUCCUGUAAGCUCUUUAGAGAGAGAACACACUCUCGCUGAUUGCAUGUUUUGCUCCCGAUAGCGAGUAUAUCCGUGCCGUAAUCCCUGCUAGGGCAUUUCGGAUGAUCCUUCUACGCUUUGAGAGGAAGAUUAGACCUCAGACUUACCUUCAGCAGCAGGUUUUCAUGAUAGAUUUGUAAGCCGAGCUGUAUAUAAGGCCAAGCUCUCCAAAGCGAGCAGGCGGGAUGGAGAUUCUGGCCGUGCACUAGGAAUUCAGCGGACGCUCUUCGUAAAAAGCGAUGCUCUGGAGAACACUUCUCUCUCUACGUCUGUGAUUCAGCCAUGGGGGAGAAAUCGGAAUCCUCCGGGCCACCCCUGUGCGUCCAGAUCCUCUCCACCGUGGCCCUGGUGUGCUUCGGGCUCUACUGCAUCGUCAAGGGCGUCUCCUUCGGCUUCUUCAACUGGUGGUACAUCCUCGGAGCUGCGAGCCUCGUGGCCACCGGCUUUGCCGCGUUCCGGGUCUACGAGGUGUUCGCGAUCCUGGCGCAGAGGGAAAAAGCCGAAGCCGAGUCGUGCAGAAGGACGCCCUGAGAUCAGUUUGGAUGUUUUCGACUAUGACUAUGAUUUAUAGUUUGAAUUUGGACUGGGACGGAAAUUCCUGAAAGGACAUUUUCUUUAUCUACAAUUUAAACCGACGAACUUCCUUCAGAUUUGAACCAAUUUCCCAUAACCUACCGCUAAUAUACUGUACAAAUGUGAAGUCAAGAGGUGUUGGUUAAUGUAGAUUGGAAAUGCUGAUUUAAGGUUGAAACAUUAAAAUCCCACCAAAUUUUGGGGAUUAAACAUCUUAAUACGGUAUUGUAUUAUUAUUUAUUUUUGGGGUGUUUUUUUUUUAUAACUAUACAGAUAUAGCCAGGACAUAGAAAGAUGGAUGGUGCCUCAACAUUGAUGGAUUGGACACACACGUUUUCAGAGCUCAUCAUCUAUACAUAAUACCACCUGUGAAGAUUAGAACAACUAGAAAUCCAUGGAUAUGAAACUAUAUAUGAGAUAAAGCCAGAGAAAGCUUAAGUUCAUCAACCUGAUUUCAAACACUUAGAAAUAUUAUACAUCCCUUUAUUUGUCUAUUAAUAUUUAUUCAACCGUUUCAUUACUUUUCAUUUUUACUCGAAGCUGAUCAGCAGUUUAGAUGAAGCCUUUGAGUCAAAGAGCUUUGCUUCUAGGCUAUUUAAAAAAAUAAAUAAAUAAAUAAAUAAAUAAAAUUCCAGCAUUGAUCUACAUUAGAAGGCAUUCUUCAACGUGCCUUUGUGCUCCGUUGUGUAACUUUUGUGAAGAAGUUGGACGUAACGUGACCCGUUCAACCAAUCACGUUAUUCCCCACCGAACAGAUAACGUUCAACAAGAUACAGCAUUUGACAGUUUCUAAGAAGAAUUAACGUCCCUGCAGUGUUUUACAAGCGUUUGCUCUAAUAAAAGAUGGUGUCGCAAACUUUGUUCUUGGAACAGUGCUUACAAUAUUUUCUCGAAACGGUUUUAACGUUCUUAGGAACUUAGAAAAGCUAGGCAGCUGAGUCACCGCUUGGCCUUGGGAGCGGAUCGGUUUCGCACGUAGUGCGGUCACUUAAAGGGAACUUUCUCGGGGUAAAAGUACAAUUGUGAAAAGACUUAAAAGCCAGACAAAUGUUUAAACUUUCACGACGUAUUUGGAGUUUGAAUCCUACAUUUAAUAAAGUCCUGAACGUUAUACCUGGCUCUGAUGUCUGGUUGGAAAUGCCGGAAGUUAUAUUUUUAUCAAAACCACGUGAGCCAAUCACACAUCUCUUGUGCUCAGGUAUAAUAAAUAAGGUAGUUAAUGCUCUCCUUGGAGCGUGUUGAGUUUUCCUACAAUGUUCUGUGAGUUACAUGGAAACCUUGCUAGCUCCAAAAAGAGUUGGGAGAAAAAAAUUGAGGCAAAACAGUAGCUCUCCGGGAGUCCUUGGACUUGAACUUGCAACCUUCCGGUUCUACAUAUCAUCUUAACUGCUGAGCUAGCAGCGCUAGUCAUCGGUUUUGUCCUGAAGUGCUUCAUCAGCUCAAGAAUCCAAAAAUAAUGAGGUACCGG